AUGAAUGUGAAAUCGGAAUACAAAGUUAUCGGACGAAUAGGAGAGGGGGCUCACGGAAUCGUUUUAAAAGCGAAAAAUCGAAAAACUGGAAAACUAGUGGCCCUUAAAAGAAUGUUAAACAAUAAGGGAAAUGAAAAAGUACAAUUGAGUUUGUUGAGGGAAAUUGAAUCGUUGAAACAUGUCAAUUCGACAUAUGUUAUUAAACUUCUAGAAGUUUUAACAGUCGGUUCAUCUGUUGUGCUUGUUUUAGAACUCAUGGCAGGAGGUUUAAGUAGUGUGAUUGGAGAUGUCGAUGAUCCAAUACAAAUCCCACAAGUAAAAGCAUAUAGUAGAAUGAUACUUGAAGGUUGUUCACAUUUGCAUAAAUUAAAAAUCAUGCACAGAGAUUUGAAACCGGCUAAUCUGUUGAUAGGAUUCGAUGGCAUACUCAAAAUAGCCGAUUUAGGUCAAGCGAGGUUAAACAAGGGUAGGCCAUACUCUCAUCAAAUCGGAUCGAGAUGGUACAGAGCACCUGAAUUAUUAUAUGGUUCGAGAAAAUAUUCAUUAUCGAUUGAUGUUUGGUCCAUAGGUUGCAUAAUUGCAGAAAUGAUAAAUUGUUCUCCUCUGUUUGCGGGUGAAUCAGAUAUUGAACAGUUGGCCAUUGUCAUCAAAUCAUUGGGUUCUCCAUCGGAAGAAACAUGGCCAGGAGUUCACACUCUACCAGAUUAUGGUAAAAUAACAUUUCCAAAAUCGAAAGGAAAAUUGUGGAAAACAUUAAUACCGAAUUCUCCACCUGGAGCCAUAGAUUUGCUUAAAUCGUUACUAUUAUACAAUCCGAAAGAAAGAUUGAGUUGCGAACAGGCAUUGAAUCAUUCAUUUUUUUAUUUGGAUCCAAUCGGUUUGAAAGACAAUCAAAUGACACUUCCAAGUGUUUUUACGAGGACGAAAAAAACCGAUGACAUAACGUACUUAUUAGAAGAAGAACGUCCGUUUAAUUUAUUAUUAAAAGAAUUGACAUCUUUAUUUACUUUUUAA